AGGCGAGUUGCUCGGUGGGAUGCCACAGUCGUCCGUCUACCUCGGCGGUGAUCCAGUGGUCCUUCCGCGGCAAGCGGGACCGGAGUUCGUCGUUCUUGAGCUUCAGCCCCUCUCAGCAUCACGCGCCGGCCCGAAUCGCUCCGCGGGACUCGGGUGCAGACAAGAUUGGAGCGCGAGUAGCGGUUGUCUGUGCCCUGUGCCGUCUCUCAGAGGCUCGGUCCCCUAGGGACAGCUCCAGGCGCAAGGGAUAGGCAGGUGAGGAUCCAGAUUCAGGAUGCUGUCCCUGGUCUCCGGGUCCCACGUGAUCUGAGCAACGCAUGCCCAAGAGGAGAGAAGCCCUUCGAGGCUCCUUGGCCGUCUGACUGCUAGAAGCAGAGAAGAGCGGGAGCUUGGGGACUUGGAAGAGGUGGUGACCAUGGAGACGGAGUUGGCCGAAGCGCCCCAGAGAAGAGCUCCGUCUCGGGAGUCCCUCCUUUCCCAAGAGAAGAGUGCAGAAGGAGAGGCCGGGCCUCUGAGACUCGCAGCCAGAUCCCAGGAGACCGUGACAUUCAAAGAUGUGGCCAUGGACUUCACAGCGGAGGAGUGGGGGAAGCUGGAUCCUGCGCACAGGGCUGUGAUGCUGGAGAACUACAGGAGCCUGGUCUCACUCUGGCUUCCCAUUUCCAAACCUGAUGCCUAUGAUGUUGGUGAUGGAAAGGAACUACUGAAGCUUUCGAAAAAAUCUCCCAAACGUACUUCCUCAGAAGUGGAAACUAGACCUGAGGGCAAAGAUGCAACUUCAGAGCAAGACUGUUGGAAAGCAGAAUCCUACCAGCUGACUCAAAACACUGGUUCUGACGCCAGCUUAGACACAGCUCCUGAACGAGAGCUUCAGUUAGAGCAUCAUCGAGGAAAUCAGGAGAAGCACGUGAGACAAACGUUCAUUCACUUGAACUCCCCGCCUGUGGAAAAGGAAAGUAGGUGUGAUAUUUAUUGGAAAAAGUUCAGUCAGAAGCCACUCCUUAUGACUGACGACAGAGUUCCCAAAGGAUCCUAUCACUUUCAUAUGCUUGGGAAGAGACUGAAGCAGAAAUCAAACAUGAUGAAAAAGCAGAGACCUUAUAAAGAGAAGAAGCCUCAUAAGUGUGAUGAGUGUGGCGAACUCUUCAGUUACCGGUCAGUGCUCACCCGGCACCGGAGAGUGCACACUGGGGAGAAGCCUUACAGCUGCGGGGAGUGCGGGAAGUCCUUUAGCCACAGAGCCAACUUAACCAAACACCAGAGAACUCACACUAGAAUCCUCUUUGAGUGUAGUGAAUGCAAGAAAACCUUCAUAGAAAGUUCAUCUCUUGCAGUACACCAGAGAAUUCACAUUGGAGAGAGACCUUACGAGUGCAGCGAGUGCGGGAAAGGUUUUAACCGGACCACACAUCUUGCACAGCAUCAGCUGAUUCAUACUGGAGUGAAGCCUUAUGAGUGUAGUGAAUGCGAUAAGGCUUUCAUUCACUCAUCAGCCCUCAUCAAACACCAGAGAACCCAUACUGGAGAGAAGCCCUAUAAGUGUCAGGAGUGUGGGAAAGCCUUUAGCCAUUGCUCGUCUCUUACUAAGCACCAGAGGGUGCACACUGGAGAGAAGCCCUAUGAGUGUAGCGAGUGUGGGAAGACCUUCAGUCAGAGCACACACCUUGUUCAGCACCAGAGAAUCCACACGGGUGAGAAGCCCUAUGAAUGUCAUGAAUGUGGGAAAACAUUUAGCCGGAGCUCAAAUUUCGCUAAACAUCAAAGAAUUCACAUCGGAAAGAAACCCUAUAAAUGUGGUGAAUGUGGCAAGGCCUUUAUUCAUUCAUCAGCUCUUAUUCAACACCAGAGGACUCAUACUGGAGAGAAACCGUUUCGAUGUAAUGAAUGUGGGAAGAGCUUCAAGUGCAGCUCAUCCCUCACCCGACAUCAAAGAAUUCACACUGAAGAGCAGGCCUGAAAAUGUGCUGAGUUUUGGGAAGUGUAAGUUGGUUUUAUCAGUGUUUGAUAUUUGAAUGUUUAAAGAGAAUGUCCACAGUGUGACCGUAGGGGCGUCUGUAUGUGUAUAUGAUCUCACUAGUCCAGUGUAUAGCCAAGGUCCUUUUUCCUCACCUCUGGCAUUCAUUGAGCCCUUGGUUUUUUAUAAUCAUAUCAUCAAGGAGAGUUUGUUCUGCUAAAUUCUGUGAACUAUGC